GUCCGGUUGUUUGUGGGAGAAUAUAUCCCUACUUGCUUUGGUGAUGAGCUAAGCCAUGCUACACCGUCUGGACCAUUACGCAAGGGACUCACGGCGUACCUGGUACUAACCGCAGCGCUAAUCGCAUGAUGAUUGGUCAACCUCGCUACACGAUGGCUGGCCAGCUGUGAUCCGUGACAAGGAGCGAGACUACCUGGACUAAAGCAUCGAUGCAUCUAGAGACUGCCUAGUACAUGCAGGGAACCUGCAGUCACACUUGCGUCCCUGGAACAACUCACCCGCAGAAUGCAGAUCCAUUCCGCCUGCCCGUGUUGACUGACUAUUUAUUUACCUCCCACCCGCUCGACAUGCUCCAGCACACUUUUAUCUUUCAACAUGUGUCUACGGUCCCUUCGUUUACUGGCUUGCCUAUCAUGGCUGUCUCUGGCGACGGCGACUAACCUCUAUGCCACCCACUAUAACGGCAACGUCUACACCCUUUCUCUGGAUUGCAGCAAUGACACCUACUCGCUUUCUCUGGCCUCCUCGUUGGAAACCUGUGGCUCUAUGCCCAGCUGGCUGACCUUCGACUCGGAAUCGCGCAUUCUAUACUGCUCCGACGAAACCGGUGAUGCGUCCGCCAAUGGAUCAUUGACCGCCCUUACUGCCAACCAAGAUGGCACUCUGACGGAGACUGCGACUGUUGUGGCUCCUGGUGGCGGCGUGAAUAGUGUCAUUUAUAGCGGAGAUGACGGUGACCAAUACCUAGCCAUCGCGCAUUAUGCUGGAUCAACUGUGUCCACAUUUCCCCUUCCUUUGAGUUCAGCUACGCAGGCGCUCCAGGUAUUCCGCUAUAAUCUCUCCCAGCCUGGGGUGAACCCACAGCAAGAUGCGCCUCAUCCACAUCAGGUUUUCCUGGACCCGACUGGGUCAUUUGUCCUCUCUCCAGACCUGGGAGCCGACCUCGUCCGCGUGUACGCCAUCGACAAAUCCAGUGGUCAGUUGGACAGUCGCUGCCCUGAUAUCGCCUAUCCUGCUGGUAGUGGACCCCGACAUGGCCUCUUCUGGACCACCGAGCACUCGGUCCUCACCAGCCAAUUGAAUACCCGGCAGCAGGACAGUUUUCUGCUGUAUAUUGUUAAUGAGCUGGAUGGUCAUCUCAAGGCAUUCACAGUCACGUACACGUCUGAUUGUCUUGAUUUUGAAGAGAUUCAGUCGUUUGUGCCGUAUGCCGAGAACCAGCUGCCGGAGGGAGCUACCCCAUCCGAGAUCCGCCAAGGCGGUAGCUCUCUGUAUGUGUCGAUCCGGAGUGAUCAUGGUUUCCCACCAAAUGACUCCAUGGCUAAUCUGGAUCACUCCUCGAAUGGUACUGUCACCUUCCACGAACUGACAUCUGCGUACGGCACCGUUCCGCGAACGUUUGUGAUAAACAAAGCCGGAGACCUGAUUGCCAUUGGCGAUCAAUCCUCAUCGAAUAUUGCUAUCGUGACGCGAGACCCUCAGACCGGCAAACUGGGAGAAGCAGUGGCUACCUUGCAGGUUGGGGAACCCGGCGAGGUUGGUACGGCCACGGGCCUGAGCAGUGUGAUAUGGGAUGAAUAGUUAGUGAGAGAUUACUGCAGUUUCUUGAUGCGGAUUAGUGAAUAGUGCGUGAUCGAGAUGCUUCUCUCACUUCAAAAUGACACCUUGCUAGACUAUCAUGAUUUAAGCCUAAUUCGUCAUAGGAUAUUACUAUAGUAAAAGAUCACGCCCAUGAAGAUCAUGGUUAGGCAAUAACCAUGGUACCACUGAACAACUGCAACGCACAUCUCAGCCGCCCAAAAAAGGGCCCCUUGCCCCCAUUC